ACAUUACAAGUCUAACCUAGAUGUAUUCAAAAUAAAAACAUGGAAAAGAAACCAUUUAACUAUUCAAUAGGAUAUUUGACCAGGCCUGAUGGCUGUGUUGUUUUUAGUAAAAGAGGAACCACUGUAAUAGCUGGGGUCUAUGGCCCGGUGGAGAUUAAAUACAAUAAAAUGGUCAUUGACAAGGCUGUUGUAGAAUGCCACUUAAGACAUAAAAUGGGUAUUCCAGGUGUUGCACAAAAAUUUGUUGAUAUGAUCAUAAAAAAUAUAUGUGAAUCCUCACUGAUGGCAUCAUUAUAUCCUCGAACUACUGUUACUAUAACCAUACAAGAACUAGAAAAUAAGGGUCAUUUAAUUUCAAAUGCAGUUAAUGCUGCCUGUUUAGCUUGUUUAAAGUCUGGAAUAGACAUGAAGUAUAUGUUUGCUGCAGCUACCUGCUUCUUGAUUGGUGAAACCUUAAGUUUUCUGCCACCUGAUGAAAAGUCAAGUUCACAGGCCACUUUUGUAUUUGUCUUCAAUAAUGUGGACAACAAAAUUAUUGCUUCUCACACUGAAGGACAAUAUUCAGAAGAAAUAUAUAUGCAAGCACUAAAUAUGUGUUUGAUUGAAGCAAAAAAUAUUUUCAAAUUUUUUAAACAGAUUAUAAUUGAGGAGAUACAAAAUAAAAAAUAAAUUUUUACACAUA